GGAAAGUAGAGCAAGACUGGCAGAAAGACAGAGAGAGAGAGAAAGAGAGAGAGAGGGAGAGAGAGAGGUACAGGGAGGCAGACACCGACACCUAGGCGGUGACACAGCGAGUGCGCGGUUGGGACAGCCGGCUCUCAAUGGGGAGGUCUCUGUGAGGCGGUAGCCUACCUGUUGGCGCUCAUAGGGCGAGAGCGCCGUGUCGGACCUGCGUAGGACGUGGACCUGCUGGAAGCCGACUGCACUGGAGAAGAGAGAGCGGCUUAAACAUGUCUUCGAGGCUAGUUCUCUGUGCUUUGUUUGUCUUUCAUCAAUGGACGCAAACAUGCACCGGAUUUAAUAUAGAUGAACGCUUCCCUGUGAUCAAAGAGGGGAAAACCAAAGGGAGCUUCUUUGGACUCUCGGUGGCUAUGCAUGAGCAGACGGAGGGCUCCAAAAAAUACCUGCUUCUCGCAGGAGCACCCAAAGAGAAAGCUGAUUCUCUACAAAAUGUCAAUGAGACAGGCGCUGUCUACUCCUGUCCCAUCACCACCGACUCCACGGACUGCUCCAGAAUGGACCUGGUCACCAAAACAAAUUCAGACGAGAUGGUGGAGGGCAUGUGGUUGGGCGUGACAGUGGCCAGUCAGAGGGGCCAGCAGCGGGGACGUGUCCUGGCAUGUGGGCACCGCUAUGUGAAGAUCAUCCAGGGAGGCACAGAGGAGCAGCGGCGGAUGAUAGGAAAGUGCUACGUGAGGAGCAACGACCUGACCUAUGACCCCAACGAUGAGUGGCAGACCUACAGUUACGAGGUCUGCAACCCCAAUCUUGACAUGGAGUUCGAGGGCAUGUGCAACACAGGCAUCUCGGGAGGCAUGACGGAGACCGACGUCUAUAUCGGCGCUACAGGCAGCUACUUGUGGCAAGGAAAUGUUCAUGUAACAUGGAGAGACCCCGAUCCAGCUAACGCCUGGGACUCUGUCGACAAAAACUUUGGACAGCUGAAGAAGCAAUACAGUUAUAUGGGUUACUCGGUUCUUGAAGAGCAGAAGCUGCUGAGUCGCGACGACUACACAGUGGUGACAGGGUCUCCCAGGUACGAGUCCAAGGGCUCUGUGAUGUUGGGAACGAAGACUCAAAGCAACAUCCAGCUGGUGCAAAUCAUCCCCGGCGAACAAGUGGGCUCGUACUUUGGAAACACCCUGGCAGUCAUCGACCUCAACAAUGACGACUGGAAUGACUUGAUUGUGGGUGCUCCGUUUUACUUUGACCGGAUGAAGGAUCAGGGCGGCGCCGUGUACAUCUUCAUAAACGAGAACGGAUCUUUCCAGAAUACCUCCACCAUGGUGCUGAAGGGCCCCUCUGAUUCUGGAUUCGGCUUUGCACUGGCGUCUAUUGGAGACAUCAACCAAGAUGGAUUCCAAGACUUUGCAGUGGGAGCUCCAUUCCACGACACGGGCAAAGUCUACAUAUGGAUGGGCAGCAAAAAGGGGAUCUCUAACGAGCCCAGUCAGGUGAUUGAGGGUAAGUCCGUGGACAGCAACGGAUUCCGGACAUUCGGCUACUCUAUCAAUGGAGGCAUGGACAUGGACGACAACAGUUACCCUGACAUCUUAGUGGGCUCUCUGGACGAUCGCAUUGCACUGCUCAGAGCUCGACCAGUCGUUCACUUAACUAAAGACUUCACAGUUGAGCCCAAGAUUGUGGAACCUAAUCAGUGUGCAGACAACAAACCAUGCAUUAAUGCAACCCUGUGCAUGUCGUUCACACUAAGCAAUGGAAACAAGGAUUUCAAAAGAAAUAUCACGGUGAAUUACACAAUAGAGGCUGACAUGGAGAGGAGGAGCCGUCGUGUUCGUUUCCUGGAUAAAGACGAUGACACAUACACCGGCUUGCUGACCGUGCCAUCAACCAAAUCCAAGUGUAUUACUCUGCAACUGGUUACAAAAGGGCCUGUGAGGGACAAACUGGAACCAGUGGUCUUUGCUCUCAGCUUGUCAUUGCAUGAACAAAAACCUAAAACCAGACGCUCUCUGCAAAACCUGGACUCCUUCCCGAUACUGAGCCAGGAGCAGAAACUGACCCAAAGAACUGAGAUUAACUUUCAGAAGGAGUGUGGCUCAGACAACAAAUGUACCAGUAACCUGCAGCUGACAGCCCAGUUUGUAAACCAAAAAGAAGAGCCUUUCCCCAGGAAGGGCAACCUCCAAGUGCUCAAUUUUGACAGUACUAUGAAGGUCAUAGGACUAAUGGUGGAGGUGACCAACCCUAACGGUGAGGACGCACACCAGGCCAUGCUCAACAUCACCAUCUCUGAUGCACUGAGAUACCGAGGAGUCCGAUCUGAUGACAGUGACGUUGAGUGCAAUUUUGAAACCACAGUCAUUUGCGAACUGGGCAAUCCACUUAAAGGCAAUGAAAAGGUGUCCCUGCAGGUCAUUUUUGAGACGUCGGGGAUCAGUCUGUACACAGAAAAGAUUGAGUCCCAGUUGCUUUUGUCAACUCUUAGUGAGCAGAGUGACCUGAAUCCCGUGCCUGUGGCCAUGCUGAUUGAAAACACCAUUGUCCCGUUCUUCGACUUGAAGAAGCCUUUGCUGACAACAUUUGGAGGGACAGUGAAGGGUGAGUCAGCCAUGGUCAACACCAGUGACGUGGGCAGUCUGGUGGAGUUAAUCUUCAACGUGAGGGGACAGCCCCUGGGAGACAUGGGCACCCUGGCCUUGGAGUUUGAGUGGCCCUAUGAGGUAGCCAGUGGCAAGUGGCUGCUCUACCUGACGAAGAUUGUUGUCCAGGGCGAAUCAGAAAUGGAAUGUACCCCACCGGAAGUCAACCCGCUCAACCUAACUUUGUCAGAGGGCAGAUCUAAGCGGGUUAAACGGCAGAUUGUUGUGGAUGAUGCUGAAGAUAGUGGCCUGUCUCAUAGUAUUGAGCAACAGUCAACAAUAGGGCUCACCAUUCCUCACAAAGAGUCGUACCUCUUGGACUGCUCCAAGGGGACGGCGAGAUGUGUGAAGUUUACCUGUCCGCUGCUCAACAUGUCAGAUUCCGCCACGAUUCACGUCAGGUCACGAUUGUGGAACAGUACAAUGCUAGAGGACUAUUCCAAUGCUCUGACAGUCACAGUCAAAGGACAAGCCACACUGAAACUCAUCACCGACAAACCAACCCUCAAGAUGGAGAGUCAGACACGUGAGUUCAAAGUAGAGGUAGAGCCAGUGGAGGGAGUGGAGACACCUUAUGAGCUUCCCCUAUGGAUUAUCAUCUCUGCGGUUGUAGCAGGAGUUGUUCUACUGGGAAUUAUCAUUCUUAUUUUAUGGAAGUUUGGAUUCUUCAAGAGAGCCAUCUACUACCGGAUAAUGCCAAAGCACCAGGGGGUGAAAAUUCGCAGGGCUGAGCGCUAUCAGUUCAAUCUGGGAUUUCAGCCUGAGGAGCCACAGAAAAAGUACUGGAUCACCAACUGGACAGAAAUGCAGCGUUAUUACUACUGAGGCCUUGCUUGCAACCCUGAACCUCUCACAGUCACACUAGCCUGACAGCGGGCCAAACAAAGAACGCUUUAUCGAGCCACAUGGACCUUGCAAUGCAUUGACCAUCUGUGGAUAGUGCAUUCCAUUUUUAUGCUUUUUUUGUGCAAUAUUUUGGACAUUUUGUUUAAGAGAUUGUAAUUUGUUAAGUAUUUGUUGAUGAAUGCAGCAUUGUGCAUGUGUAUUAGAAUCUGGGUUGCAGUCAAGAGUAAAUUUCCUUUGAUUAUGUUGUAGGCGUUAAUGUGCUGAACCUGACAUCUACAUAUAUUUUUUUUCUUUCGGAGUCCCCUGAGAGGAGCUGCUGGUCAUUUGUUGUGUUUCCACCAUGUCUUUUUUUCCUCAAAUUUCCAAGUCUCUCAAUUUUUUUUCUGUGGCUGUUCUUCAAGCUCUAUCCCCAGACCAUUGUGUUGGUGGCUCUGCAUGGUUAACCAAUUGAAAUCGUUUUCAAACUGCACUUAUAAUGCGGCGCUGAUGACCAGCACCCACUCUGUUUUGAGUGAACAUGCAUUGUUAUGUGAAUGUCCAUGUCAGUGUCUCAAAAUGACCGUUGCACUGAUCUCCGCUGUGGAAAGAGACUUUGUAUUUUGCUCUGGUUUCAUGGAAAUAACGUUUACGUGGGCGAGUAAUACAUUUAAUAGACCCAGCGGACGUACUGUAAUUAUCCACAUUAAAUUCCACAGCAAGGGUCAUCCAAGCAGCCCUUUAACGAGCUGAAAAGCAAUAUCUUCAUCAGUACAUAGAAUUAGAAGAGGGAGUACACUUGAUUGUUAUUUAUUACACCAUCUUGGGCUAAUGAAAGAGUUUAUCUGGAUAUAUUGAGAAACUUAUACAGGGAGUCGCAACACUGGAGACAUACAUGAUAUUAUACCUGUGUGGAGAUUUUAAAGCGCCAGCAUUGAUAGGUACGUUGUAAUUGUACAUAGUGACAAGUUGCGUAACACUGAUUAUUUGAUUGAAUGUGUAUGUGGUCAGCCUUUGUUCUUUCACUGUCACCAAGCUUUGCAUUUUUAUACAAGAGCGCUGACUGACACUUGGAUUGUUUCCAAGCCAUUGAGGCCCCCUUCGAGGUCAACCUGCAGCACUGAAGAUCGACUGGACUGAGAGAAGACAGUCGUUGGACUGUCUCUGAUGGGAGCAAGUGUUGUGUUACCACUCUAGUUGGUGUUACCUGAGAGCCCGCAGGUAUUCUGUUGACUGUGUGACUAUGGCCGUUACAGAGACUAUAUUGACUCCAUUGAAAGGGGGAAGGGCUUAACCCAAUGCACAAACUCUGUUUUCUGUGGUGGUGUUAUUUUUGUACUGUGCAGCUUCGGUGUAAUUAAACAGUUUUUAACAACA